UUUGGCGGGAACGCGAGGAGUGAAGUUGUGUGAUUUGUUUUAUUUUGUCUAUUUAGUGUUUCUUCAGGCUUAAAUGUCUAAUAACGGUGGUUUAUUAACCGUUUAAUAUCUGUGAAAGUGCACAAAUGUGAGAAAAUUAAAAGCCGCUGGACGUAACUUUUCGAGAUUCUCCAAAACGUCCACUGAAAAAAUCUCAGUAAAUGACCACCAUUUUACUAAGAUUAUAUUUCAUCCCAUCAUCAUAUCAUUUCAUCUCAUAUCAUCUCAUUUCAUUUAAUUUCAUCCCAGUUGAUUAAUGUCUCAAGUUAAUCAUCUUCAUUUCAUCAUUUUUCAUAAAAAUAAGAAUAUGAAUUAAAAUAAGACAUGACUUAAAGGUCUUAGAUACCAGGUCAUAAAAUCCUUUAAAAAAAAAAAAAGUUUCUUACUUUUCUUAUUUUAUUCCAAUGUGAAGUGAAGGCAAGUGGAUUGUUGAAUUAAACGUAUUAAAGAACUGAACAUUGUGCUAAGAAAACCGAUUAACUAUUAUCGCACAAAAUUAUUGAAAUAUGGAGGAAACACACAUUAACAAUUUUGCUUUAUCCUUCACCAAUAACGUUCUAAGCUAUUGCGGGCAAGACUGUAAAAAAAUUCCACCGGCCUUACAGAAAAUGUAUGGUGCCAAAGUGAAAUGUUUAGAUCUAAGUUACAACAGUAUCGAAACAUUAAAGGGUCUCGAACAGUUCGCGAGGCUGGAGGAGUUGAUUUUAGACAACAACCAGUUGAGUGACGGAAUCAAGUUUCCAAAGUUGCCAUAUUUAAAAACUCUGUCCCUCAAUAAUAAUCAGAUAGCCAAUUUGGAGGAUCUCGUUGAUAAAAUAAGGGAGAACUUCCCCGUGUUGUCUUACCUCAGUCUUCUAAGUAACAAAGCGUGUCCCAACCAACUUUCCGACGUUGACAAAGACGACUCCGACUACCAAAGAUACAGGUACUAUGUGAUAUACAAGAUACCGCACCUGCGUUUUUUGGACUCACGUCGCGUCACCACCACUGAGCGCAGGGAGGCGGCAGUGCGCGGUGAGUUCAUGAAGGUUCGGAGACCACCAGACGUACCGGAUGCCGGACCCUCGAUCGCUUCACCGGUCGUAGCCGCCGGAGGUCAACGACCCCUACCUAUUGAUCUCUCCGCGGUGGGCAAACACAAAGGUGCCUACGGUAAAUGUCUAUACAAGUACACGGGCAAACAUUCAGAAGGAAACAGAUUUAUUCUCAACAGUGAUUUGUAAUCGAAACAGUUUUAUAAAGAAAUACUAUAAUGAUAUCCUUUAGUUUUUAAUUAUUAUUUUUUAUUUGAUACCUAUCACUCGUUUAACAGUCGAAAAUUGGGUGACCCAUUCGUAAUUUCUAAACAAAAAAAAAUUGUGUGUAUUGUUAAUCCGAUAGGCAACAAGUUGCUAAAGCGACGACGUUCAUCUAAAACAUUGUAAACCAUGGGCUCGUUUGCCUUCAAUGGUAUUUAACAGAAAAAAAAAACGUAAAAAAUUAACCUCAAAAAAUAUUAAAUUGUUUCAAAACAGAAUCUCAUGUAUGGUUACAAAUAAUUUAGUGCACUGUCAUUUUGGGUUAAGCAUCGAUUCUUUAUUCUUUAUAUUAUGUUACUAAAACGGUUUUAGCUAAAAUAAAAUUACUUAUUGGUUGUCUCAAGGGCGGAUCCAGCUUUGGCGCCAGGAGGGGGUCAUAUAGUCAAAUUUAGAUGCGUUCGUUCCCAGACGUUUGCCAUUAUACAAAGUUAUUAUAUUAUAUUAAAUUAAUUAAAUAUUGAAGGUAUGUAGUUACAUAAAAUCUGUAUGGUGACAAAAUAUAUAAAUAAAAUCAUUAUAUUCAAUUAAUGGUCUACCUAAAUCCUGGAACCAGCUCAGGGGGUGGUCAUGACCCCCAUGACCCCCCCUGGAUCCGCCAUUGGGUUGUCUAUUGUACUUACCUAUGUUUUGUACCCAAUAAUAAAUUACAAAUGGGUUAUGCAUUAUUCUUUUUGCACAGGAUUUAUCAAAUUUAUUCUAAUUGAUAUAUGAAAUAUACGUAUUAUAUAAUACGCAUUUAAUUUCAUGUGAUGAAUAUUAUUAAUUAUUGUUCAUAAGAUAGUAGCAUGUUCAAUGAAAAAUUGAAACAUUCCAUCUUUUUUUUUAAUAAUUUACAUUUUUAUUUUAUUGUGUUAUACCGUUUCUUUUAGAAUUAUGUGACUGAAACAAAUGAAGGAUUCCAUAUUUAUUUUGGCAUUCCGAAAUUAAUUGUCUUCAAGCAUUUUGAUACGUUGUUCUUAAACUUUGUACUUAAGUUAUGAAAAAAAUAUAAAUGCGAAAAUUUUUAGGCAGUCUAUAAUUAUUUUAACUGUCACUUUGAGUAUUCACUUAAUUAUUCUGAUUAGUCUUAAGAAUCCGUAAGUCUGGAUUUCAUCCAUAGAAUGAGGAUGAUAUAUUCCCGAAUAUAAGAAAAGGUUAAGUAUCGAACUUUAUGUACCCUGCCAUAGAAGCUUUAAUUAUAAGUAUAUUUUUGUGAAAAUACUCAUUUUUUUAGUAAAAGCUAGAUUUUUUUUGUUUUGUGUCUAAACAACAAAUUCAUGCAAUACAUUUGAUAAGAAAUUAAAUAAAACUUAAUUGUAUAAAAUUAAAUGCACCUGUUAUAAAAUUUUGCAUGCAUUUCAAAGAUAAUUGACAGACAUCAAACUCAAAUUUAAUUCAAAUUAAUAACUCUUGGUUGAUAGCGUGACCAGAGAGUUGACGAGCAUGUCCCUUAUUAAAGAAAUCAGCAAGAAUGUAAUGCAUAUGCUAUCGCCUGACAUUGCUAAUGAGCGAUAAUGUCUACUCACCGUCAGGCGAGUCGUAUGCUUGUCUAAAAAAUAAAAAGUAGUUUAUUUUGUAGCUGGAUAUACGCGCUUUGAAAAAUGUUAACACUCUCCAUUAGCAAGGCUGUCAAUAUUUCGUUGAGAUUAAGUUAAUCUUGUUUACGCUUGCUUGUAAUGUCAAUAAAAAUGCUACGUCGCUAUUCAAGCGAGGAAAAAAUAGAAUAUUUUUUUCCAGUUUCGUUGGCAUUCCCCUUUUAAGACAAAAUAUACAAUUAAAAUUUGUUUUUUCUUGCGCUUUUGUUCCUCCAAGAUGUAUUAGUUGUAUGUGUGAAAAUGAAAUAUAUCUGCUCGUAUAAUAUAUUAUAAAGGUAAUCUUAUUUUGAGAUUAUAUUAAAUAUCUUGUUAUUAAUUCAAUUCUUGUGCUAUUCAUUCUAAAAAUAUAUUUCGGCAGUUGUUUUUUUUAUUGUUUGUCUAAGUAUGUUUUGUUAACAAUAAAACGUUGUAAUUUA